AUGAGAAGCAAGCCUUUCAGCGGAGCCAAAGCGCGCGUCUUCGCCUUCUCCGCUCAGAUCAACCUUGUGGCGGCGGUUGUUCCAACUAGUACUACUACCUCCGCCGCCAUCUUUCUCGCCAUCCCCCCCCUCCCUUUUUUUUUUUUGCCAAGCCCUUUUAACGCUUCUCACCAGACGGAGGUAACUGAGAAACUCUUUGCUUGGGGUUGUACAAUGGAAAAUGCAAACCAAGAUAAUGCUUCUUCCAGAGAAGGGUUACUUCUUAGGAUGGGUCUUAAUGAUAACAAAGCUGGAAUGCAAGGGCUGGAUAAAGAGAAGAUCAACAAAAUCAUAAUGGAAGCCUCCAAGGGUUCUAGAUUUUAUGAAAAUGAACUUAAGAAAGACCAACAAGUUAAUAAACGGAUUGAAAAAAUGCUGAAACUAAAAAGUAAAAUCACAGAGCAACAAAUUUUGAAAGCACAAUUGCAGAUGGAUAAACUUGCAAUGGAAUUGGAUCAGACUCGUGACCUUAGUUGUACUAUUGUACACAUUGACAUGGAUGCCUUUUAUGCAGCUGUAGAAAUGAGAGACAAUCCUGAAUUAAGGGACAAGCCCAUAGCAGUGGGUUCACUGAGUAUGCUGUCCACUUCAAAUUACCAUGCUAGAAGAUAUGGGGUACGCGCAGCUAUGCCUGGAUUUAUUGCAAAGAAACUUUGUCCACAUCUUAUUAUAGUACCAUUAAAUUUUAAGAAAUAUGAAGAAGUAAGUAAACAGAUUAGGGAAAUACUAGCUGAAUAUGAUCCUCAACUCAUGCCCAUGGGCCUUGAUGAAGCCUACUUGAACAUAACAGAGUACUUAGAAGAACGGAACCACUGCUGUAAAAGAAAACAUCUCAGUACAUCCAAGUUUGGUCUAAAUGGAAAACAGAACAUAGUUAUAUCUGAUGAAUCAAACUUGAGUGAAGAUAUGCAUUCCUGUUCACCAGUAUUGUUUGACAGUGACACUCUGAUUGAUAAGCGGACUAUUCAGCCAUCUUUGCCCUUAGAAGAACAGCAAUGCCAACAGUCAAGAGUUCAGUUAAAGUCAGUUGUCUUGGAAACAUCAGCUGAGGAAGUUGUAAAUGAAAUUCGUUUGAGAAUUGAACAAAAAACUGGGAUGACUGCCAGCGCUGGCAUUGCUCCAAACAUGAUGUUGGCAAAAAUGUGCAGUGAUAAAAAUAAACCUAAUGGCCAGUAUAGAAUCCCUCCAGAAAGAGGUGCUGUGAUGGACUUCAUCAAAAAUUUAGCUAUUAGAAAGGUACCAGGCAUAGGAAAAGUAACAGAGAAAAUGCUAAAAGCUUUGGAAAUAGAGACUUGCACAGAACUGUACCAGCAGAGGGCUCUGAUUUCUCUUCUAUUUUCUGAAACAUCCUCCCAUCAUUUUCUUGAAAUCUCUCUUGGUUUGGGUUCCACACAUUUGGAAAGGGACGGGGAAAGAAAAAGUAUGAGUACAGAAAGGUUUUCUUCUCUCUUGGCAUUUAAUGAAAUAAGUGCAUCAGAACAAUACAGGUUAUGUCAAGAACUCUGCAGUGACCUUGCUCAGGAUUUGAAAAAGGAAGGACUUAAAGCUAGAACCAUAACUUUAAAAUUGAAGAACGUGAACUUUGAAGUGAAAACAAGAGCUAAUUCAGUACUUUCUGCAGUUUCUACUGAAGAUGAAAUAUUUGCUAUAGUUAAAGAUUUGCUUAAAUCAGAAAUGGAGAUUGUGGCCCCAGAACCUUUACGUUUAAGAUUAAUGGGUGUAAGAGCAUCAGGCUUUUUAACUGAAGAAGAAAAAAAAUACCAUCAGAAGAGCAUUGUUAAUUUCUUAGGACCAGGAAAACAAGCCUGUGCUUUUAAGAAAGCUGUCAACAUUUCCCCAAAAGUAUCUGAAGGAGAAAGCUUUUUCAAUAAAAAGAGAGCUACAAGAGAGCAAACCAAUCAAGGGAUAUUUUUAAAUGAAUCUUCAAACAAGAAGAGUCUACAAGAUACAAUGUCAACAAUAGCUUCAGGAGAACAAAGAAAGGAUGAUGAACACCAGAUCUUUAUUUGCCCUAUUUGCUUUGAGGAGCAGCAAGAUAGCACUUUAGAAACAUUUAAUAGACAUAUUGAUAUGUGCCUUACUGGAACAAAAGAAAAAGAAAAUGCAGAAAUUACUGAUAAUAGCAAAUCAUUGAAAAAUGAUCCUCCUGUGGAUAUAGAAAAAAAAGAAGAGAUGAAAGUUAAAAUAAGUAAACCACCAGUGAAUGAGAAAUCAACAAAUAUAGUUGAUUGUGGUUCUGAAAGUAGCAAAGAUGUUUUACCUAAAUGCCUAGUUCAUAAACAGAAUGAGAAUGGAUGUGGUCCUUCAAAUGCUUCGGUAUCUGAAAUGCAUGCUAAGGAUGAUUUGUCUUCCGGAGCCUUGUUAAUAGAUAAAGAAGAGUCAGGAAGUAAUUUGCAAAGUUUUUCUGGCAUUACUGAAAAUGUUUUUGUUUGUCCAGUUUGCAACAUAGAACAAAAAACAAAGGAUCUUGCCUUGUUUAAUAGGCACGUGGAUGUUUGUUUAAACAAAGGCAUUAUCGAGCAGUUGACAGAAAAAUCAGAAAUCUUAGAUAGAGGACAAUAUAAUACAAACUUUUCAGCAGGAACAAAAAGAUCUGGAACAAUAAUUCCCCAAUCAACAUCCAAAAAAGUCAAGUCAGGCAAUACUAGGUGUACUAUAGAAUCAUUUUUCAAAUGAACACAAUGAAUUAAUUUAAUUAUUGUUAUGGUACAGAGGCUUAGAAUGAAAUAUGUCACUUGGGCCUUAUGUAUUGUGUAUAAAUUAUGUAACUUUAAAGAAUUAUAUAAAAUAUAAUUCUAUAAAGUUAUAGAUUAUAUUACGUAUGUAUAUUGCAUAUAUAUGAUUUUGCACCAGCUAACCCAUCAUUUUAUUUCAGAUGCACAACCUCAUAUUUUAAAGAAUGCAUGAAAUGUAUGGAAGUUGACUUUUAAAACUGAUAAGCAUAUUGUUAUUUAUUAAGGAAAAUCAAGUACUUAUAAAAGCCAGUUCUUCUUUGAAUAAUAUGAUGGUAAUGGCUGUUAUCUUCACAACUCUUAGAUAGGAAGGGAAAGGGGAAGAAUUUGGAUUUUAUUUAAAAAUUAAAACUUGUCCUUUAUAGAUCAGGCACUAUUAUAAAAUUUUAAGACUUGAUUUGCUUUCCUCUUUUCUGUAUAAAAAUAUUAGGAAACAUGGAAUAUUUAGUACCCAAAAUUCAGACACAAUUUUUGUACAAACAUGUGGCACUUCUAGCCUUUGUUAAUUGAAGCAGGAACUUUUUGACUGUCCAUUGGUGGACAAAAUUUUAUGUACUACAUAUAAUAGAUGAUAUUAGUAAAUCAGGCUAAAUAAACUUACAUAUCCUGAAUAGAGCUACUGGACUGGAACGCCCAUCGUUACAUGAGUCAUCACAUGACUGUUUCUGAUUUUAUGACUGUUGUCAGGGUUGUUAUGUGAGUCUGGCUUCCCCCACUGAUUUUGCUUGUCAGAAACUGGCUGGGAAGGUCACAAAUGGUAAUCACAUGACCUUGGGAUACUGCAACUAUUGUUAAAUACAUGCCAGUUGCCAAGCUCUCAAAUCAUGAUCAUGUGACCAUGGGGAUGCUGCAAUAGUCAUAAAUGUGAGGACCAGAUGUUAGUCACUUUUGUCAGAACUUUGAAUAGUUGCUAGACACAUGGUCGUAAAUUGAGGACUAUAAUGGUACCUCAGUACUUGACUGUUACAAAACUCAUUUGGUACUCAAGGCAUUUUUAAGUUAAAAUGUCCCGGUACUCAUCAUUUGUUUAGUACUCAACGCACUGUGAUAGAAAAACAGGGAGAGUCACAGAGGGCGGAUAGGAAGUUAGCCAUGCUAGGAAGGUUGCUGCAAAAGGAAGAGGGGGAUGGCUGCAGAGAGCAGACAGGAAGUCGGUCAUGCUGGGAAGAUCACUGAUAUAGGAAAAGGGACAGACAGAAAGUCCUUCCCGCCUGAAACAAAGGGUCAUGUGGUAAGUCAUGGGGGUUGUUUGGCACUUAUUAUUUUUAGUACUCAUCAUACCUCCCAAAACAAAUGAACAAUGAGUACUUGUAUUUACUUAGAUUUUAAAUUGUUUCCAAAAAAUAAAUUGCCGUUAUAUAAUAUAGAUUUAUAUGAAGUUCAAAUUGUAAUUGAGCACAAGCUGAAUAUGCAUCAUCAGUGUGAUGCAGUUGCUAAAAAGACAAAUGUAAUUUCAUGUUGCAUCCCUAAAAAUCUAGUUUUCAUUUCAGGAAAAAAAUUGUUCCAAUAUAUUCUGUGUUGGCCAGAUUCCAUCUUGAGUACCCCCUUUGUGUCCGGGUGUCAGACAAAUUCAUAGAACAUGGAAGAAAUAUAGAGAAAUGCAGUGAAGGUAAUCAAGAAAUCAGAAAAUAAGCCUUAAGAGCUGAGAUGGAAAUUGAGAGAAGAAAAUAUAUUAAAUGUGGAUGGGAGGGAGCAGAUUCAGUUGCACUUUUGAAGUACUUGAAGGAUGUUACAUAGAAAAUCAAGAUAUAUGUAUCAGAAUGCAAGACAUCGAAUAAAUGAUCAAAAGUUAUAGGAAUUCAGAUUCCUGUUAAGUAGUGAAAUAAUUUUCUACUACAGUAUUAAGAGCAGUUCAUUGCAGGAGUAAAUUACCAUAGGACCAAUGAGUUUGAACUCUCUUUUAAACAGAAGCUAGGGGUCUAUUUCUUUGAAAUCCUGCACUGAGACGGACUCCAUGGUCUAAAUGAGCCUGGCAACUUUAUGAUUCUGUGGAGUUUGUGUGCUUUAAAAUAAUUUCAUUUGUAAUUUAUUCAAUGUAAUUUAUUUUGCGAAAUAAUUUUAAUCUAAGAUGCAUUUUCCCAAAAAUUGUGAUACUGUUUUUUUAAUUGUAAAACUCAAGAUAAAGAUGUAAUGUAAAAUAAAUACACAUUGAUGAAA